AUGGAAAAGGGUAUCCAGAUCCCACUUUCCAUUGUCUACUCUGGGCAGGACCCUCACCUUCUGAGGGCAGCCAAGAUUCUAGAAGAUGAUCAUGUCAAGGGGGGGUCUCAUUAUGAGAAAGGUUCUGGAACCUCUGAACCAAUCACAGGUUUUUUUCCCCCCAAGAGGAGGGUUAAGUGGAAGGCCUGGCAGCUCUUUCCUCUGCCCUUCCCCCACCUAAAAAAAAUGGAUGAUGCCUCCGCUUCGGUGGGAUAUUCCCACUGCCACAUGGAGAGGAAGAUGAGCGCAAUGGCUUGUACGGUCUUCAAUGAGCUGCGACUGGAAGGGAAGCUUUGUGACGUGAUCAUCAAAGUCAACGGUUGUGAGUUCAACGCCCACAAGAAUAUCCUCUGUAGUUGCAGCUCCUAUUUUCGAGCUCUGUUUACCAGUAGCUGGAACAACACGGAGAAGAGAGUAUAUAAUAUUCCUGGCAUUACCCCGGAUAUGAUGAAGCUCAUAAUAGAAUAUGCUUACACAAGGACAGUGCCUAUCACUGUGGAUAAUGUGGAGAGGCUCUUUGUGGCCGCUGACCAGUUCAACGUGAUGGGUAUCGUCAGGGCUUGUUCCGACUUCAUGAAAUGCCAGCUGUGCCUGGAGAACUGUAUCGGCAUCUGUAAGUUCACAGAAUACUACUACUGCCCUGAUCUGCGGCAGACAGCCUACAUGUUCAUCUUGCACAACUUCGAGGAGAUGGUGAAAGCGUCUACUGAAUUCCUGGAGCUCUCAGUCAAUGAAUUUCAAGACAUCAUUGAAAAAGACGAACUCAACGUGAAGCAGGAAGACGCUGUUUUUGAAGCUAUCCUCAAAUGGAUCACCCACGAUCCCCAGAACAGGAAACAGCACAUGGCGGUCCUGCUUCCCAAGGUCCGCCUGGCUUUGAUGCAUGCCGAAUAUUUCAUGAACAACGUCAAAAUGCAUGACUACGUGAAAGACAGCGAGGAGUGCAAACCGAUCGUUAUUGAUGCCCUGAAAGCCAUGUAUGACCUCAACAUGAAUGGCCCGUCGAGUUCAGACUUUACCAAUCCUCUGACAAGGCCCCGACUGCCAUAUGCCAUCUUGUUUGCCAUUGGUGGCUGGAGUGGCGGGAGCCCGACCAAUGCCAUUGAAACGUACGAUGCCCGUGCGGACCGCUGGGUCAAUGUCACGUGUCAGCAGGAGAGCCCCCGAGCAUACCACGGCGCUGCCUAUUUAAAGGGCUAUGUUUAUAUCAUCGGCGGCUUUGACAGCGUGGACUAUUUUAACAGCGUCAAACGGUUUGAGCCUGUCAAGAAGACGUGGCAUCAAGUGGCCCCCAUGCACUCGAGGCGCUGCUACGUGAGCGUCACCGUCCUGGACCACUUCAUAUAUGCCAUGGGUGGCUUUGAUGGCUACGUGCGUCUCAACACUGCCGAAAGGUACGAACCUGAGACCAACCAGUGGACUCUAAUUGCCCCCAUGCAUGAGCAGAGGAGUGAUGCCAGUGCCACGACCUUGUACGGAAAGGUUUACAUCUGUGGUGGGUUCAAUGGGAACGAGUGCCUGUUCACAGCGGAAGUAUAUGAUGCCAAAAUAGAUCAGUGGAGCUUGAUAGCACCAAUGAGAAGCAGGCGAAGCGGCAUUGGCGUCAUUGCAUACGGAGAGCACGUCUACGCGGUGGGAGGAUUUGAUGGCGCCAACCGCCUUCGGAGUGCCGAAGCUUACAAUCCUAUAGCCAACACCUGGAGAACCAUCCCAACCAUGUUCAACCCCCGGAGCAAUUUUGGCAUCGAAGUGGUGGACGACCUCCUGUUUGUGGUGGGUGGAUUCAACGGCUUCACGACGACGUUCAAUGUGGAGUGUUAUGACGAAAAGACGGACGAGUGGUAUGACGCUCACGACAUGAGCAUUUACCGCAGCGCUCUGAGCUGCUGUGUAGUGCCAGGGCUGCCCAACGUCGGAGAGUAUGCUGCCAGAAGGGACAACUAUGUGGGGCCAUCCCAAAGGGAUGAGGUCAAAUACUCCUCAUCCACAAGCACACUACCUGUGUGA